AUGCAGUCUUUCCUUUUGAAAUGUCUUCUUCCCUUACUCUGUCUUGUUGCAAGCUUCCACUUGGCUAUCACGCAUCCAACGCCUCAAACAACCGAUCUUGGACUACUCCAACUUGAUCCUGAUAUCAUUCCCGGCAAUGUCACACACCUUCAGCCACGACAAGCAAGAGGUCUUAUUCUGCGCAUUCUGCCCCUGGGUGCUUCGAUUGUAAGAGGCAUGGGAUCUAACCCCAAGAAUGGCUUUCGCAAACCACUACGUGACAGGCUAAGAUGGCGAGGUGAUCAAGUUAACAUGAUCGGCAAUCAAAACAACAAACGAGACGACGAUGCUGGAGCACCACUCAUGCGUAAUGGGCAGCAUGAAGGAGUCUCUGGCGAUCGCAUAGACCAAGUACGGACUCGUCUUGAUGCGGUGAUUCAACGAAAGCCCAACCUCGUGCUCAUCAAUGCUGGGACUAACGACGCUACACAAAACUUCGAGCCCAGUACUGCUCGCGAAAGGCUCAGUGGCAUGAUUGACAAGAUCUUUCGAGAGAGUGAGGGCGCCGUCGUCGUGCUGUCCACGCUUCUCGUGAACACCAUCUCCGACAAUCCUAGAGGCAAUGAGAACGUCAACCUCAUCAACAAUGAUAUACGAGCCAUGGUGAGACAGCGAUGGGCAAACGGAGAGUCUCUAUAUCUAGCCGAAAUGAAUGAUGGCAGCUUCAUCACUGGUGGCGACCUGGUGGACGGCACACAUCCCGACAAUGAUGGCUUUCGCAAAAUGGCUGCGGUUUUCGAUGCGGCAAUUCAGCGCGCUUAUGGUGACCAGAAAUUCCGUCUUCCCAUCGAUACCGGCAUCCCUGAUUUCCCUGAGCAAGACGACUCAUGUGCCGCGAAUCUGAACGCAAAUACCCUCGCCAAAAGAGAGCUGACAGCACCGGUGCGGACACAGGUGGGAAGUGGCGACCAUGACGGCCAGUACUGCCAUAACAGCGAACCGAUGGGACAGAUCCUGGAACAAGCUAUCGGAGGUAUUCAACUUGACACGAAUGAAGUCUCCUUCGCUCAGCUUGUCAAUCAAGGAGGUAAUCCUGAUCCAUCGGGAGCACUUGAUGACCUGGUUGUCUACAUUGAUCCAGAAAAGAAUUUUGGAGGGCAAGGCAAAGCGAGGAUGUUCGUCUACGUCAACGAUCAGCAGAAUUUUCUCGAAAGCAAAGAGUUCUUUGUCAAUGAGCCGGGUCAGGGCUGCCGUGCCCGAGGCGUUCGUUGGGGGGAUGUCAAUGGUGACGGCCUUGACGACUUUAUAUGCAUCGGCCUUGAUGGGAAGAUGUUUGUCUCCAUCAAUCAAGGAGGUAGCCCACCACAGUUCAAAUAUGUCAACACCUUCUUUUCUCCUCCAAUGGCAACAGAACAGCGUCAAGUGAAAUUGGCGGAUAUCGAUGGAGAUGGGCGACUGGACUACUGUCGUACAGACUUCAACGGCGACAUUACCUGUUGGCGUAACGGCGGCAUCGGCAUGGAAAGUGCAGAGUAUUGGCAAGACUUGGGUAUUGUCUUCACCGGCAAGGGCAAGGGCAACAUCGAUGGUACUCAAUUUGUCGACAUCAAUGGUGAUCACCGUGACGAUUGGGUCUGGCUAGACGAACGAGGAGCGUCCGAUAUCUGGACGAACUCUCGAGGUGUCGGCAAAGGCAUGGCGCCUCAUUGGAUCCAGGCUAGAUGCGCCCAUGGCGGAAUGGGAGAAGACGGCGCACGAGAUCAGAUCAGAUUUGCGCGAAUCUGGGCCUAUGGUGGGUACGACUAUGCACGGGUCAAGGUCGAACCCUUCCGCCUCGGCCUUGAUCCAACUAUAAACUCGCGGAUCAAAAUCGAGGCCUGGAGGAACAAGGGUGAAGGAGGCACGAAGCUGAGAGGAGAUGGCAAUCGCUACUGUGACAUGACAGGCAAUGGUCGUGACGACUAUGUCUGGUUCCGAUCCACUGGCGAGAUGACACUGUACGAGAACAUUGCCGACCCACCGAACUGGGGGCAGCAUCCUGUACCUGUCUACAGCUUCAACCGCGACAGAAAAGGUCUGCACCUCGCUGACUGGAAUGGUGACGGCAAAUGCGAUGUACUUUACGUUGACCGGUUCUCUGGUGCCGUCGAGUGGUGGGAGAACACAUUCAACAGCAACAAUGGACGAACUCCCACGUUCGAAUUUCGUGGUAACGUCCAAGGUAUAUCCCGUCUCUGUCGCGAAGGGUGGGGUGUUGGCCUGUUCGACCUCGGACUGCGGUUUGCAGAUAUCUCAGGGAACGGACGAGCAGAUUACCUUUGUAUUGAGCGUAAUGGCCGAACGACAGCAUUGAUCAACGAACCGGGCGGACUGCGCGAUGUUGGACAGGUCAAAUUCGCGGAACCUUCAAAGGAUCGUGCAAACAUCCGAUUCGCGGAUAUCGAUGGCGACGGUAAAGCCGACUAUAUCUGGGUUGAUAAGUUCAAUGGCGAUGUCUCUGUCUGGAUGAAUGGCGGUGAGCUGCCUGAGAACGAGCGCCAAAGUGGAAGCAAAUUCCACUGGGAUCCCAUGGGCAAGUACUAUGAUGGCCAGUCUCGUGGAGCCAAUCAGUACUACCCUGAUUUCACAGGCAAUGGAUUUGCUGAUCUGCACUACAUUGACCCUGUUACCAACCAGGCGUGGACGCAGUUCAACGAUGAUUGCAAUGGCGAUGGCUCCGGGCAAGAUGAUCCUGAUCAGAAUCCAGACUUGCCUGCUUACGAUCCCGGCGACAAUACCGAGAGAGGUACUGACUCGCCGUCUAAUCCCAAUCCAUGGUCGCCAGAGUUUCCCGAUCAGCCAACGUGGGUGGCAUUGGGUGAUUCCUACUCUGCAGGGGUCGGAGCAGGAGGUGGUUACGAAAAUCCUCGCGACCCCAACCGCAAGUGCCUGACAACAACCAACGCAUAUCCAUUCCAGCUUGAAAGAUCGGUUAGCGUCCUCAGCGGAAAACUCGACUUCCUGUCUUGCACCGGAGAUCUCAUCACACACAUCAACCAAAGUCCAAGCAAAGAUCGGACCUCCCAGGUUGAGAUGCUCAGGACGAUCGACUCCUCAAGUUACGAUUUUGCUACACUGUCCAUCGGAGGUAACGAUCUUGGCUUCAGCGGCGUUGUCAAGUGGUGCAUUCUCGGAAUCUUGCCCCGUUACUCGUCAAGGUGUGAGGAAAAGUUGAGGCGUGCAGAGACUCUUGCUGGGAUCACAAAUCCUGGCAAUGGUGACCAGAAUGGAUUGUCCCGCAACCUCCUGACAGCCUAUAUGGACAUUCUCGACACAGCAUCCGCGGACUUUACAUUGGUCGUGACCGGCUACGCCGCGUUCUUUUCCGAAGCUAAUGAUCGGUGCGACUCGACAACGAUCGGCAUCCUCGAACACUACAACCUCGAGCCGGAAUACUUCGCUCCUCCCCUUACCAUGGCGCUCCGGCAACGAAUCAACAGAGGCGUUCGCGCCUUCAAUGCAAUGAUUCAGGAAGCCGUGCAAGAAGCUCAGCAGCAACUUGACAACCAAGGAGUCCGGAAACGCAUUCGCUACAUCGACAUCGACACUCUCUUCGAAGGCCAUCGCUUCUGUGAGCCAACCGAGGGCGAUGACAUCGCGAACGUUGGCGGAGCUUGGUUCUUCCUGCCGUGGGGCAGAGACAUUCAACCCGACGGAACGAGCAUCGACCCGCGCGACCCCGCGAACGAUCCACCCGCCGACCACACCCGGCGUGACGAGGCUUUCUGCGAAGACCCAUACACGGAAUUGGAAUGUGCCUUUGCGCAAGCCGUGGAGGAGAACCCGGACGCUGGCGUGAAUGGCGCUAUCUACCCGCGCGAUCUGAUGCAAGAACUCAAGGACUGGGCGGACGACAAGAAGGAAAUGCUCAAGACGAAGUUCAUGAAGGCGUUCCAUCCGAGAACCAUCGGAUACGCGGCGGUCAAAGAUGAGAUCAUCAGUCAGCAUGCUUUUUGGGCUUCCGAGAGCGGGUUGAUGGGAGGGCCAACUUUGUCAUCGGCCAGCUUUGGGAGCAAUUCAACGAGCAGCUCGUGA